AUCAGAAAGAUCAAAGCACAGUCAUUGAAAGGAUUUUUAUACAUUUGAUACGUUUGGAAAAUGAACGCAGCCAUUCUUUUCAUUGUUGUUUGGAAUUUAUGUUCAGAAUUGGUAGCUAUUAAUAAUUUGCAAUACGAAGACGGCAUCAGUGGUCAAAUAACAUCACCGGGCUACCCUGGGAACUAUCCCAACGAUGUCAAUUAUACAUGGAUAAUAAGGACAGGGAGCCACUCAGCAAACGUAACCUUCAGGGUUAUUGAUAUGAAUAUCGAAAAAUGGGGGCCAUGUGAUGAUUAUUUGGAGAUAAUGGAAAUUGAACCUUGUUGUUUUCGCCUUUUUAAACGAUGUGGACAAUUGAAGAAUUACAAUCUAUCUGGACGAGGAAAUGAAAUCAGAGUAUUAAUAUUAUUUAUAUCAGACAAGAGUAUGACAGACAAAGGAUUCAACCUCACAUGGAAAGUAUCUCUACCACAAACAAAAGCCUUACCGACGCAGAAAAUGUUGGCUACGACAACAAAAUACAAGGUUAGAACAACAUCCAAGAAAAUGGAGGUCAAAACUACUGCAUUGCAACUAGAGACCACAACUCCUACACCAUCUCAAGCCCAGAGUACUGUGCAAGCUAAAAUUACAUCAGCUCCUAGGACAACUCAAUCAACUACAAAAGACAUAAGUAUGUUCAAAAAUAUCUUCUCUACAACAUUUACAACACUGAUACCAGAGUCCCCAUCAACUGUGGAGAAUCCGGGUAGAAUAACCAGUCAAUCCAUUCGAUAA